GCAAAGGCAAUUAGAAGCAAAACUCAUAGCCCAAGUUCCAAUGUAGGCGGGAGACUCGUGGUGGGAGCGAACGACGGACGCUCCGAUAGACCUGCCGCGCUCGCCGGCGGAGCAUUAGAGUGCGGACCUUUUUUCAGAACAGUCGAGAGGUUUUGUUUCCUCCUCGCGCGCCUAUACGUGUAGGUAUACUCCCUCGUUGUUUCACGUGUACUUAUCGGCGUAAACGAAACUGUGCGCGAGUGACAUUUUGGUUGUGUCGUGAAUCGCUUCGGCUGUAAAACGAAGAAGCGCGUGGUAGUGAGCAGUGGUUCCAACACCGGCGGCAUCCAGUGGCAUGAUCUCCGCCUGGAUUCAAUCCCGAAGCAGAGCACUUUUAGAUUAUUGACGAGAAGAGCUCUGAAAGGCAUUUCAAAUGGCGACUCUGUCCCUACGCAUCUCAAUACCGGACAAAAAUGCGACCAAGAUGAUGCAGUUCGAUCCAAACAUACACGUCGAGGAUGCGUUUCAAAUUAUAACGGAUAAACUGAUGGAAACUUAUAAAUUAGAACACUCUGAAGAUUAUGGUCUGUUUUUUGUCAACGAAGACCUGAAGAAAGGCCUGUGGCUGGAAUCUGGUCGCAGGUUGAAUUAUUACAUACUGAAGAACGAAGAUGUUUUGGAGUACAGGAAAAAAAUUAGGUAUCUGAGAGUGCGAAUGUUGGAUGGUACGUUGAAAACCGUACUGGUCGACGAAAGCCAACCAGUGGCGAAUCUCAUGGUGCUCAUCUGCACUAAAAUCGGGAUAACCAAUCACGAGGAGUACUCCCUCGUUCGCGAAACUGCCGAGGAUCAGGCAGAAAACUCAAAGUCAAAAAACUUUGGCACGUCGACGUUGAGGAGGUUGAAGAUAGGAAGCAGAGUGGAGAGGGAAGCCAAGAUGGACCAGAUGAAGAAAAAGUUGAAAACCGACGACGAGUUGAACUGGAUCAAUCCGUCCAAGACGCUGAGAGAGCAAGACAUCGACGAAACGGAGACUGUGCUGUUGCGACGGAAAUUUUUCUUCUCCGACCAGAACAUCGACAGCAGCGAUCCGGUCCAACUGUCACUUUUGUACGUGCAAUGUCAGGAUGCUAUAUUGAGCGGAAAGCAUCCAACGACUCAAGCACAAGCGUGCAUUUUUGCGGGCAUACAGUGCCAAGUGUUGUACGGAGACCACAAAGAAGACAAACACAAGGCUGGGUUUUUGCAGCUGAGAGAAUUCUUGCCUCAAUCGUACUGCAAAGCUAUUGGAAUCGAGAAAAAAAUUUUCGCCGAGCACAAGAAGCACGCGGGACUGACGGAACUGGACGCCAAGGUACUUUACACGAAAACCGCCAGAUCCUUGAGUACGUAUGGGGUGACGUUCUUUCUGGUGAAGGAAAAAGACAAGAGCAAGAACAAACUGGUCCCCCGACUUUUAGGCGUCACGAAGGACUCGAUUCUACGACUCGAUGAGAAAACCAAGGAAAUCUUGCAAACUUGGCCACUGACAUCCGUCAAAAAGUGGGGCGCCUCUCCGAAAACGUUUUCCCUGGACUUUGGCGACUACUCCAACCAGUACUACAGUGUCCAGACAACCGAGGCUGAACAAAUUUUGCGAAUCAUUUCUGGCUACAUCGACAUCAUUUUAAAGAAACAAAAGGCAAGGGAUUACCUGUACACCGAGCCCGAAGAAAGGUUCGCGGUGAUUGAGGACAGCGUGUGUCCGCUUUCUGCAAAUACCAUACAGCCCGGGACAAAUAACGCGCAGUACUUUUUAGAGACGAUGCCAUUCGCCAUCCAAAACUCUAUGGUUACGACAGACAUGUCAGAGCCCCAAAAAGCUUUGCUAACUUCCAUUGUGAUUGCCAAGGAAACGCUUCAGAGCUCCGAGAGCGCGCUAGCCCACGAGGAAGUGAUCCCUGACCUCGGCAACGACGUAAGAUCGUUGCAAUGGACGGAACAGACAAUUUGCACGCACAAGCAAAACAUUGUUUCUCAAAUAGCUUCGAUCAAUGCGGCAACGGCACAAGUGGUCACAUUAAUGUCGAACAAUGUUGACAACGACGCAAUGAGCGCAACAAUCGAAACCAUAGCGACGAAAUGGCCAGAGGUGGCGAAAAGUGCGAGAAUCGUCGCUGCUUUGAACGAGGAUGAGUUUUGCAGUAAAAAACUUUUAAACGCCACUCAAGAUCUUUGUUUUGCAUUGACCGAUUUGUUGACGGCUCUGGAGCCCCACUCGACGGAGACUAGGCCAAACUUGUUGAACGCAGCGACCUACGUUGGCGAAGUCUCUUACGAAGUGCUACUAAACACAGGCACCGAAAAUGUUGUCGACAGAGAGACGCAAGAUGCCAUUUUGUCGUACGCGAAAAUCGUUGCCAAUACGAUGGCUGUUUUGGUAUUGAAGGCCAAAAAUAUGGCCAACAACUGUGGAGAUUCGGCCACGCAAAAUCAUGUCGUGGCCGCCGCUACCGACUGUGUCCUCGUGACAUCUCAACUGGUGGCUUGCACAAAGGUUGUAUCAUCAACUGUAGAUAGUCAAGCUUGCCAAAGUGAAUUAAUCAAAGCAGCCAGUUUGGUGAAAGGGGCUGUUGACAAUCUGGAAGAAGUUUGUGACGGGACAAACGCCAACGAGAGUAUCAGGGAGGAUUUGAGCUCGGCUGGUACUGAUGUUUCGAGAUCACUGGACAAUCUUUUGGAUCGCGUUGCUUCGAUACCUCGGGAAAGACAAAGCAAAGCGUACACGCAACAAGAGGCAGUGGAAGAAGUAUUUGUAGCGACUGAUUCGCUCUUUUCCAGUUACAAUGACACUACGAAGCUGAUCAAACAGGCGAGACUCGUCGGACUAGCGACAGAGAAACUCAUACAGUGCAUAAGAGGCAAGGCCGAGAGACAGUCGGAUGCCGAACAAAAACAAAAACUACUCGCCGCAGCGAAAACUUUGGCCGACGCAACGGCAAUAAUGGCCAAAGCAGCGAGCCAGUGCACGAGUAAUCCCGAGGAUUUGAAAGUUCAAAGGGACCUUCGUCGGGCGGUUGAAAAAGUACGCGAAGCCACUGCCACCACAACCACACCAGCCAUACGGCGGAAUUUGGUAUUGAAGUUAGGGAAGUGUGCAAAGGUUGCGGCUUUCUUUGCAACGCGAUGCGUGGCAGAUUCAGCCGAAGCGGGUGCGUGCAACACGAGCAACGUUGCUCAAAAAGAAUUGAACGCCGAGUGCAGCUCAAUGGCUCAACACAUUCCCGACUUGAUAUCGGGGGUCAAAGGUGUCUCAGCCGAACCUGAUAAUUCCACUGUGCAGCUUGCAUUGAUAAAUGCUUCUGAGCCAUUUGUACACUCUGCGUCUCCCGCUGUCGAGGCAAUCAAACGGGCGUUGCCCACCAUCACCGACGGCACUUUGUCGUUAAAACUGAACAACGACUCCCAACAACUCGAACAAGCGCUCGUCGAUUUACGAUCUGCUGUUUGUCAAGCCAAAGAAGUUUGUACCGACAUUCAGCUGGAUGCUGCUGAAUCGCUCAUGGAAAAUUUGAAACUGGAGCUCGAUGAGCUGGUCAACUCCACCGCAGCUUCUUUGAAACCAAUGCCAAGAGAUAGCGAGGAGUUUGUGCCGUGGGAACCUGUUGUAUUCCGUCAGAGGAUCCGACUUGCUGUGGCACAAUUAAUCGCUGCAGCAGAGAAACGUGACGAUUACAGUACGGGAAUUGCCGCCAAAGAAAUUUCAGUUGCUUUGAAAGAUUUUGUAUCGUCGGUCAAGGGUAUUGUGGACACGAUGGACGAUCAAGACGAUAGACAAAUGGUUUUAAUGGAAGCCAAUGAUUUUGUGUUUACGUCGAUGAAACUUGUGAAAGAGGCCAGACUUGUUUUGAAAAGUCAAGGAGAUUCGAGCGGUCAGGACCACUUGGCAGCGAUCGCCAAACAAGUGUCGUUUUCUUUGGACAAAUGCGUAUCUCAUUUACCUGGACAAAAGUGCCCUGGAAAUGAGCCCACAGUGUGCGAUGAUGCUGUUAGGAAGAUUCAAUCGAUGAUUCCAUUACUCGAAAACUCGUGCAAACCCAUAUCAGAUUCUUCUUAUUCCGAGUGUUUGGACACGGUGAUGAGAAAAAGUAAUGAUUUAAGCGAUGGUAUGACAGGCAUCGUUAACAGUGCAAAAAAUUCCGAGCACGAACUCUUUUCCGAAUCCGUUGAAGAGGUAUCACACUCAAUUUGUGAUUUGAUUGAAGCAACUGCUCAAGCUUCGUAUUUAGCUGGUGCAAGAGAUCCCAAUUCCGUAUCGGCAAAGCCCAAUACAGUGGACCUAGAAUACAUUUUAACAGCAGUUGAUUAUAUUCACUCGAGCUGUGACGCUCUUGGUGCCCACGAAAUCUCCCACCAAGAUGUUCUUGCUACUGCUACAUCGAUCGCCAAAAACACCAGUAUACUGUGUAACGCAUGUCGUUCAGCAUCGAGCAAAACUAAUGAUCCAGUGGCCAAAAGACAUUUGAGCCAGUUAGCAAAGGAUGUUGCCAACUCAACGACUGUGCUGGUUAAGGAAAUGAAAGCCUUGGAAAUGAACUUUUGCAAUGUCCAUCGGGACAGGUGCGUUGAAGCAACGAAACCUUUACUCGAAGCUAUCGAUAAUUUGUGCGCCUAUGCCGGCUCUCCAGAAUUUAUGAGCCAACCGGAUGAAGUGACGAUUGCGCCCAAAACUUUGCAAGAACCAAUAAUAAACGCUGGCAAGGCGGUUAUUGUCAACUCAAGCGCGAUGAUACUUACCGCGAAAAGCCUCGACGUGAAUCCCAAAGAUCCAUCCACAUGGCAGGUACUGGCCAAUCACAGUAAAAGUGUCAGCGAUUCGAUUAAAUUGUUGGUGGCGUCCAUACGUGCUGGGGCACCCGGGCAGAAAGAAUGUGACCUUGCCAUCACCAAACUGGCCCAAAAAAUACACCAUCUCGACACAGCCUCGUCGAACAUUCUUUCCCAAACCUCGGUGCCGCACUACAAGAACAUGUUUCAAGAAUUCAUUGAUCGAAUGGACAAUGCUGCUUGCGAAUUGCACAAAAGAUUAGAAUUGUUGCGCAACGCUGCCAAAUACAAGGCAGAUAACAUUGGCCAGGCGGUAAUGCAAAUUGUAUCGUAUUGUGAUUCGCUGGUGGACGAUGCGAUAAGUAUGACUUCACACAUGAUCAGAUCGAAUCAGCAAGCCGUGCUGUUGGGUCGGACAAAAAAUAUUCUAGAGUCCACGCUUCGGACAAUGUUUGUAACGAAGGAGUGCAGUGGACGUCGCGAACCAACGAAUAUCCAUGGUAAUUUAUAUAACAGUAUAGACUCGACCAAGAAAUCCCUCAAAGAAUUACAAAACACCCUUGAAAGUUUGUCUGUAUCUAAUGGUGCGGUGAGCGGUUUGAUCGACAGCAUAACAAGGGCUAUGGUCAAGUUGGAAAGCGACACGCUAACUUCCCAAGAUAACAUCGAAUCGUUCGUUACUUACCAAACAGGGAUGGUGGAAACUGCGAAAGAAAUAGCACGCACGGCACAAGAAAUCUCAACCAAGUCGAACGUGGAUGACGCAAGGGUCAAGUCGCUCGUCAUCGACAUUUCCCACACGUAUACCGAUUUAGCUCGAGAAACGCUCGGCGCUUCCAUUGCGACUUCAAACAAAAAAGUAUCAACGGAACUACGAACUUCAGCUCGAGAACUGGGAAAAGCUUGCUCGGACAUGGUUCAAGUGGCCGGCACUUACAAAAUCAAGUCGGACGACACUUGCGUGCAGAAGGAGAUUUUCGAGUGUAGCAAAGCGAUAAGCGAAAAAGUAUCUCAGAUCCUGGAAAUACUUCAGGCAGAGUCUCACGGGACCCAAACCUGUAUUAAUGCGGCAAGCGUCAUAUCAGGGGUCAUCGGAGACUUGGACACGACGAUAAUGUUCGCCACGGCUGGCUCUUUACACGCCGAAAACAAAAACGACUCGUUCGCCAAUCAUCGGAGCAACAUACUAGAGGCAGCCAAAGCUCUGGUCAAAGAUACGAAACAAUUGGUUGCUGGAGCUGCAUCCUCCCAAGAGCAAUUGUCCAGAGCUGCUGAAAACAUUGUGUCGACCAUCACCCAACUGGCCGAAGCUGUCAAGUACGGAGCUGCGAGCUUGGGAAGCAAUAACCCCGAAGCUCAAAUCAUGCUUAUUCAUUCCGUUAGGGAUGUAUCUUCCGCCCUGGGCGACCUCGUGCAGGCCACUAAAUCCGCAAGCGGCAAACCCGCGGAUGACCCAAAAAUGGCCCACUUGAAGGAAUCCGCGGAGAUAAUGAUAGCCAACGUCACAUCAUUGAUAAAAACUGUCAAGGCCGCGGAGGACGAGCACACGCGAGGCACGCGGGCAUUGGAAUCGACCAUCGAGGCCGUGUCCCAGGAGAUAAAAAAUUUGACCUCGUCCGAGUUUGCCAAGGGCAGCCAAGUGACACCCGAAGACGUGAUACGUUGUACCAAAGACAUGAGCAUAGCCACCGCGAAAGCCGUGUCCGCCGGUAACAGUUGCAACCAGGAUGACUUGAUAUCAGCUGCGAACAUGGGCCGGAAAUCGAUCGGCAACAUGUUGGCGAUUUGCAAAGUCGCGGGCAACAAUCACGGGGCAAGUGAAGAAACGAAACAAGGCAUACUCCGAACUGGCCACGAUGUGGCGACGAAUUACAAACAACUACUCGAGAUCAUUCAUCAAAUAUCGAUGAACUCGAGCGAAAACAAACACAUGCUGCUACCGAUAUCCCGCAAAAUUGCCCAAGGUGUCACGGAACUGGCCUCGAUCGCGCAAGUCAUGAAGCGCAACGACCCAACGGGAUCGGAGGAUCCCACGGUCAUAGCUGAAAAUGAACUGCUGGAGGCCGCGGCUAGUAUCGAAGCAGCCGCGAAAAAAUUGGCGAGUCUCCGGCCCCGCCAGGACGUACCAAAGUGCCGGGAGGACAUGAAUUUCGAUGAAAUGAUACUGGAGGCAUCAAAGUCGAUAGCCACAGCAACGUCGGCUCUGAUACGGGCGGCGAGUGCUGCGCAAAGAGAGCUCGUGGCCACGGGCAAGGUGUCGGCGACGCCGUUGACGAGUUCCGACGAUGGACAGUGGUCGGAGGGUUUGAUAUCCGCGGCGAAAAUGGUAGCCGCUGCCACCCACAGUCUAGUGGAGUCCGCCAACGACAUGGUCCAGGGGUACAGUGGUGAGGAUCGGUUGGUUUCCAGCGCUAAACAAGUGGCCGGUAGCACGGCUCAGCUGUUGGUCGCGUGCAAGGUGAAAGCCGACUCGGACUGCGAGAGCACGAAGCGCCUGCAAGCCGCUGGUAGCGCCGUUAAACGGGCCACGGACAGUUUGGUCCGCGCCUCGCAGCAGGUGGUGCAGCGCGAGGAGCAAGCGCCGCUUGUGCUUAACGAAAGAAUCGUCGGUGGAAUCGCUCAGGAGAUCGACGCUAGGUCCGAGGUGUUGCGAAUCGAACGGGAACUGGAAGAGGCAAGGGAGAAGCUCAUGCGCAUUCGAAAAGCCAAGUAUCGCAACAAUGCCGACACGGAUGAUACGGAUGAUGCUCCAUGAGUAUUUUUCCACGAUUGUAGUUGCAAAGCACACUUUCUCUCUGUAUUUAACUUUUCUGCAGUGGGACUUUAUAUUUCUACUUUGAUCUCCUUACAACCUUGAUCACCGAUUCAUCGGCUACUAUUUUUUGUAUCUCCCAAGUGAAAUAAUUUAAAGAAAACGUCAACAAUACUUUUUUUUUUUUUUUCCUCUUCGGUAAAGAAGCAAGACAAGCAUGAAAAACAUUGAUUGAUGACUAAAUACAUUUAACAGCAAUGUCGCAUGUUAAUUGUUGUGGGUUAUUACAUGUUAUUGUUGCGAUUUUUUUUUCAUCUCGAAGAAACAAUUUUUCAUCAUUGUAAUAGCAAUUACUAAUGUCAAUUGUCUUGUUUACCUUAAUUAUUGUAUCGAUUGAUUAAUAAAAUGUUCUUACCUCGUGCGUCCAUUCCGUAAGUAUAGGGUAAUUUUAUUUUUUUCGACUUGCACCAAAUACGUACCCACGUACUUUUGUUUAAGCGAAAAUCGUGGAUUUUUAUAAGAUUAAAUUCAUUUAUUUUAUGCUCUACUUGAUUGUGCUUCAAAUUUUCAACCGCUAGAGUUUAAGAUUAUUCAUUUAUCUUUACAUCUCAGUCUUGUACCACUAAUUGAGAGAGAAUUGUAAAUAGUCAUACGUAAUAAGCUAUGAUACUGUGUUGUAAAUAAAUUUUCAAUUCCCAAGUAUUUUACGAUGUUAGUAAGAUUAUUGUCAAACUGCAAGGAGCGAGCGCAAUUUUUGUAAGCCAAAUGUUUAACCAUCACAUGUUUUUAAAUACACGCUGACGCUAUAAAUAAAUGAUAUUUUUAUUUUAUUACUUAA